GUGUCUGUAGAAGAAGAGACUGAGUGGAGGUGGUGUGCUGUGGGUCAGCUGGGGUACAGUAGCUGUUUUCUCCUGAAUAACCUUUAUCAGCAUAACAGCGGUCAGCGACACUCAGCUGUGAUAAUGACCUGAGAGAGCUCACUGUGGAGAUAUUAGUGUACUAGUGUACAGGAGCUGAUCUGCGCCUCACUUUGUGUGUGAGUGUGUGUGUUUUCACGAGUGUAACAUGUGUAAGUGUGUAGCUGUAGAGCCAAGCCCCGCGUGCAGUGUUAUCAUUAGUGCAGUCAGGGUCCAGUGAAUCAGCUCGGUUAUAUACAUUUGUUAGCUGCUUAGCGGAUAUUAGUUAGCCGGUGUGGUUGGGGGGCUGUGAGGGUCUCGGUCAUGUCUGUGUAUAACCCGCUGUUGUUGAGGCUGCUGAGGGUGAGGAGCAGAGCAGUCCUCAGGCUGGGGAGGAAGGUCACCACCUGGUCACCUGUCGGAGCUGCGUUUAACGCACAGGCGGUCCGGAGGCCCGAGCUCUUCAACAAGAACGUGGGCCUGUUUGGUGUCCCUGAGCUGAGCUCCACAGAGGGGUUUGAGGUGGUCCAGAAGAGAGCUCUACAGGAGACUGAGCAGCUCGUGGAGAAAGCCUGCAGUACUCCGCCUGGUGCUGUGACUGUGGAGACCUUUGACAAGCUGUCUGACAGUUUAUGCAGAGUGGCUGAUCUGGCAGACUUCAUCAAGGUGGCCCAUCCAGAUCCACAGUAUCGAGAAGCAGCAGAGAAGACGUGCAUAAAUAUUGGCACUACAGUGGAGAAGCUCAACACAAAUGUUGAGUUAUGUAAGAGUUUAAAGGACCUCCUGGACAAUAAAGAGCUCAUGGCCAAGCUUGAUCCAGAAACAAGGAGAGUGGCUGAGCUGUUCAUGUUUGACUUUGAGAUAAGUGGAAUCCACCUGGAUAAAAAACAGAGGAAGGAGGCCGUCAACUUAAAUGUUCAACUCUUGGAUCUGAAUAAUCAGUUCUUAAUGGGCUGCCAUAUGCCCAACAGAAUAGAUAAAAAAGCUCUGCCUAAACACAUUCACCAGCACUUUACCAAUGAAGGGAGUUAUAUUCAGAUUGGAGGAUUACAUGCUGAUGCACCUGAUGAUAUGGUUCGAGAAAUUGCCUAUAGGAUUUUUCUGUAUCCAAAUGAAGAAAUGAUGGGCACCCUUGAAGAACUGCUGUCAUGUAGAAAUAAACUGGCUAAGCUGGUUGGUUAUGAGUCUUUUGCACACAGAGCAUUAAAAGGAACCAUGGCUAAAAGCCCAGACACUGUGAUGAACUUCCUACAGCUUCUGACAGACAAACUCAAAGACAGAACUGAAAAAGACUUUGAAAUGAUGAAAGAUAUGAAGACUAAAUUCAAUCCCAGAAAUCCAACUGUAAUGCCAUGGGACCACCCAUUCCUGAGUGGGGUUAUACGUGCUGAGAGGUUUAACAUUGAGCCAAGUCUCUACAGUCCUUACUUCUCUCUUGGAGCCUGUAUGGAGGGUCUGAACAGUCUGUUCACGCAGCUCUUCGGUGUGUCACUUCUGUCCGAACAGCCCAGUGCAGGAGAGGUGUGGAACGAGGACGUACGCAAGCUGGCAGUCAUCCACGAAACAGAAGGACUGAUGGGAUACAUCUACUGUGACUUCUUCUAUAGACCUGAUAAACCUCAUCAGGACUGCCAUUUCACUAUCCGUGGAGGGCGCCUCCUGGACGAUGGUCAGUACCAGCUGCCUGUAGUUGUGCUGAUGCUGAACCUCCCUUCUCCAACCCGAAGUGCCCCCACGCUCCUCACACCAGCUAUGAUGGAGAACCUGUUCCAUGAGAUGGGCCAUGCCAUGCACUCAAUGCUUGGGCGCACUCGCUAUCAGCAUGUGACUGGAACAAGGUGUGCUACUGAUUUUGCAGAAGUGCCUUCAAUUUUAAUGGAGUACUUUGCUGCUGAUUAUCGGGUCAUCAACCAGUUUGCUCGUCACUAUCAGACAGGACAGCCUUUACCUCAGAGCAUGGUAGCUCGACUCUGUGAGUCCAAGAAGGUGUGCGGUGCUGCUGAUACUCAACUUCAGAUUUUCUAUGCAAUUUUGGAUCAGGUUUAUCAUGGUAAACCUCAAAGCCGAUCAACAACAGAUAUCUUGAUGGAUAUGCAACAGAAAUACUAUGGGUUGCCUUAUGUUCCUAACACAGCAUGGCAGCUGAGAUUCAGUCACCUCAUAGGCUAUGGAGCGAAGUACUACUCUUACCUGAUGUCUAGAGCUGUGGCCUCCAUGGUGUGGAGGCAGUGUUUCCACAAGGACCCCUUGAACAGGGAAAAUGGAGAACGCUACAGGAGAGAGAUGCUGGCCCAUGGGGGAGGAAAGGAGCCUAUGCUGAUGGUGGAAGGCAUGUUGCAGAAAAGGCCAUCCACAGAAGAUUUUGUUGAUGCCUUGGUCUCUGACCUCGAUCCAGACUUUGAGACAUUCAUCAUGGACUCGGAAGGCUAAAGGGGAAAGUCUUAAAUCCACCAUCUUCUGAAGGGAAAGAUUAGUCCUGUUAGUCACUCUUGAAUUCUAUCAUCUGCUUUGUAAUGAACUUCCCACCUUAAUCCUUAAUUAUUUUGGUUUACUGGAAUAUUCUUUUAUCAUAUUUCAUUCCAGAUGCUGUCAAUCAUCCAACUUUAUAUCUAAAUUAUCUUUUUUUUUUAAGUGUACAACAGGAGAUGCUUUUGGGCAUGUGUUUACAGAGGGAGAUGUUCUGGUGAUGGUUUGAGUCCAGAGUGUUGUAGCAACAUUAGCUUAGCAUCUGCUAUUUUAAACUACAAAAGCAAACUUAAGAUAUUCAGACAUGUCUUGGCCGAUCGACUGCAUCUUGGAGUGAACUGUGAUGAAUCAUUUUUGCCAAACUAUUUCUUUAACAAACAAGGGAGUCUAACAAGUGGAAUCAGGUGCUGUAGUAUGUGGUUGGAACAGCUACAGGCUAUGUGCAUGAGGACAUGAGGACAUUUUUGUAUUCUAUUAAUUUAUGGAUAACCUGUGUACAAGUCUUGAACUGAGAUUUAUAGAUUCUUUUUCUUACCAAUUCUUUUUAUAGAAUGAGUUUUUGCAAUCAACCAUGUUAUGCAGUUUGUUUUUGAAGCUCAAAGCACUGUUUUUUUUGUUUUUUGUUUUUUUAAGGAGCAUUCCACAAUUCACAAUUCUAAUCCGUGUUUAAUAUCCGUCCUCAAGGUCCAAGACUCCUGCAUCCUUUUACCCAAAAGCCACUAAGACAUGUUAACACAAAUUCCGUGCAAGCUUGUUUUUUUUCCAGCUACAGAGUACCUGUGGAAUGUUGGAUAAAUUCCUCCAAACUGUCUUGAUGGUUAGGAAGUGCACACAUCAUGGAUUUUAUAUGGAACACUUCUGUGAAGAAUUUCCUGGCGACUUCCGUAAAAAAAAAAAAAACUAUACUCUGUAAUUUGUUAAGUUUUUAAUUAUUGUUUAUUGACUUAAAGAAUAAAAAAAAAAGUUCCAGCUA